CUGCAGUUUCUCCCCGCUUUGGCCACCCUCUGGGAGAACAUGUCCUUCCGGACCUUCGCAGUGUUCACGGUUGUGGGGCUGCUGAUGGUUGAUUAUAUGAAGAGGAGCCAUCCAGCAAAUCUCCCUCCAGGACCACUGCCCCUUCCCUUCCUAGGUCACAUAUUCCAUCUGGCCUUCAAGCAGCCUCAUCUCUCCGUGAAGAAGCUUGCUGAAAAAUAUGGCAACAUUUUCAGCCUGCAGCUUGGUUAUGAGACGCUUGUGAUUGUGAAGGGGUUGGAGCUGGCAAAGGAAACACUUGUUCAUCAGCAUGAAAACUUUGCAGAUCGUCCCCUGAUCCCCAUUAUGCUGGAGGUCCGUGGUAGCUUGGGUGAGUUACUCUUUAGGACAGGGGUGCUGGUUGUAGCUUUCCAGAAGUUGCUGCAGUUGGUGGGUGAGACGCUGUAUCUCCAUGGCACUGUUUGGACCCAGCUGUAUAAUUCCUUUCCCACCAUAAUGAAGUGGCUCCCAGGACACCAUCACCCCCUUUUUAAAAACGGGGGAAAACUGAAAUGUUUUGUGAAAGAAGAGAUUGCAAAGCACAGGGAGGACUGGGAUCCGGUGGACACCAGGGACUUCAUUGACUGCUAGCUGAAGGAAAUUGCAAAGAAUGAAGCCAGUUCAUCUUUCCAUGAAAAUAAUCUUUUAUUUUCUACACUGGACCUUUUUUUUACUGGAACUGAGACGACCUCCACAACCAUCCGCUGGGGCCUACUGUACAUGGCCAUGUAUCCAGAAAUUCAAGAGAGAGUGCAAGCAGAGAUCAACACAGCGAUUGGCCAGUCCCAGCAGCCAGCCAUGGACGACAGAGACAAUAUGCAAUACACCACCGCAGCUGUGCAGGAAAUUCAAAGGAUGGGCAACAUUGUACCUUUAAAUGUUCCCCGACUGACAACCAGGGACACAACGCUGGCUGGAGUCCAUCUGCGCAAGGGUACCAGUCUGAUCUGCAACGUGUCAGUGCUGUACAACAAGAAUGAGUGGGAAACUCCCAACGCCUUUAACCCUGAGCACUUUCUGAAGGAUGGACAGUUCAAGAGGGAAGCUUUCCUGCCCUUCUCGGCAGGGAAAAGGGUUUGCCUGGGAGAGCAGCUGGCUAGAGCGGAGCUGUUCCUCUUCACUGCCCUUUUUCAGAGGUUCACGUUCCAGGCUCCAAAGGAUGUGAAGCUCAACCUCCAGUUCAGAAUAGGACUCACCACGAAGCCUCAGCCCUACAAAAUCUGUGCCCUACCUUGCUAGGGAGAGGUGGGAAAAAUUUUGCCAUGACCUCAUUUCUCAGAAUUGCUGUAGAUGGUGCUGCGAGCCCCAUGCACAGGUCCCCAAUUGCCCCUGUCUUCUCUGUAUUAGAGGCAUCACAAAAGGGCAAUAGCUUGUUUGGGCUAUGUACAGUCAAAAAGCCUGAGGCUCAAUUAAUUUAAUCCUGGCAGGUUAGUCUAAAUUGUGUAA